GAAGGCCAGUGCCUGGCUGUCAUCCAAUGAAGUUAUCAUUUCCCAGCAAGUUUUCCCGAGUGGAUACUACUUUGUAACUGUGGUGAUGAAGGGAUGCCUCACCUGUGGUCUGCUAAAUUACCUAUGGUGCUCGCUAGAAGACUUAUCCUGCCGACUCCAGGACAGCAAUCUCCUCAAGUUCAUCCUGGCCAUCGGUGUGGCCCUGUUGGUAUUGUUCAAUGUAUACACAGGAUUUAGUUUGGCGAAUUGUUGUGAUGAGGGAUCGAGAGAUGGAUGUGAAAAUGCUGGAGGGGAUAAUUGCAGGCGCAAUCGUGGUUCUCCGGAAUCCUACAAUUAUGACUGGGACCAGGGACCUCAUACCUGGAACACUGCGUGCAACAAUCAGAGUCCCAUCAACAUUGAUCUGAACCGUGUGGAAAUCAACUACUUUGAUACGCCAUUGAUAUGGUCGCACUACAACAGCAUUCCGAUGGGCAUUCGCCUGGAGAACAACGGGCACACACUGAUCCUGCGAGCAGCUUUUCCAGGACAAACGCCCUCCAUCGACGGCGGCGAUCUACUUGGGCGCUUCGACUUCCGGGAGAUCUCGUUCCGCUGGAGCUGGGCCAGCUCGUUGGGCUCGGAGCACACACUGGACCAUCAUCACAGCCCGCUGGAGAUGCAGUGCCUCCACACGGAUGGCGACGCUUGCGGUGGCUGCUCCUCCAGCCAGGGUGUCCUAAUGAUUUCCUACAUGUUCGAUUUGUCCGAACACAAUCCGUACCUCGAUGUCCUCAUCCAGCAUCUCUCGGCUGUCGAGCAGGCCGGUCAGGUGGUGGAAGUGCCCCCCUUUCCACUUAGCUACCUCCUGUCACCCUUCUACGACAAGUUCUACAGUUACAAGGGAUCCCUAACCGAACCGCCCUGCCAUCGGGGAGCGGAGUGGCUAAUACACCCCGAGCCCUUGGCCAUCAGUGAGCGCCAGCUAAACGAGUUCCGCCAGCUGAGGGACAGGCGUGGCUUAAGGAUCGGGCGCAAUGCGCGACCAGUUCAGCCGAUCGAGGAUCGAGUGGUAUACCUUAAUCGCUACAGGAUGGGGUUUUAAAGCAGAUGGGCUAUAGUGUAUAUGUGGAAAAUAAAACUCGAUAAAUACAUAAUAGAAAAUAU